CCGCACCUUUCCCAUCUUUCUUCUCUUCCCCGCUGAAAGGCGACGGCCGACGGUGCUGCUUUUGCCCCCCGGCCCCCGCCCCCCCAGUACGCGGUCGCCUGCCCUAGGCCGCAGGACGCCGCCCCGCGCUCCGUCCCCCUCACUUCUCCGGAGAAAUGUCUGAGCAUCUCUUUGAGGACACCUUCGUCGUCAAUAGGCUCGACCCUGAUGGCAAAAAGUUUGAUAGAGUUUCUCGUGUCGAAGCUCGCAGUGAGCAGUUAGCUAUGUACAUGCAGCUGGAUGUUGCUACUGAUGUUUAUCCUAUGCAACCUAAUGAGAAAUUUAACAUGGUUUUAGCACCUACUCUGAAUUUGGAUGGCACUCCAGAUACUGGCUACUAUACACAGGCUGGUAGAAAAACUCUGGCAGAUAAUUAUGAGUACGUCAUGCAUGGGAAGCUUUACAAAAUCUCAGAAGACACCUCCAGCCAAAAUGCUAAAGUGGAGAUCUAUGCAUCAUUCGGGGGUCUCCUGAUGCUGCUCAGGGGUGACCCCUCCACUGCUGCUAGCUUUGAGCUGGAUCAGAGGCUCUUCCUAUUGAUGCGCAAGGUGUAAAAUUACUGCUGAAUCCGUUCACUUAAUCGCAUUGAGGGCUAUGGGUGUUUGGCCUUACUCAUACUGCUGAAUCCGUUCACUUAAUUUCCAUCCAUGGUUCCUAACCUUGACUCCUCGGUGGGUGAAGCUUGUUAUGUACUGUCACGAGUACUGUUUUCUUUUAUUAUGGACUCAUGGUAAUGAUUCUUGCUUCUUGUCAAUAAGUUUGCUGUGCAUUGAGAGGGCAUUUGGACCCCAACCUUGCCUGGGGCGCUUGCCCAGGCAUGUCGAUCCAGCCCCGUGUGCUAAAUCGAAACCCAGGCAUGACAUCCAGGUCUGGAAGCAAACAGCCCCUAAAUGAGAUCCAUGUGAAUGUA